AUGGUGAAAUCAAGCGACGGUGGGGUGGCUCCUUUCUUGAAGAAAUGCUAUGAAAUGGUAGAUGAUGAGUCAACAAAUUCAAUAAUCUCAUGGAGCCAAACCAAUGACAGCUUUGUUAUUUGGGACAUGACUGGAUUCUCUGUUCACUUGUUGCCUAAGUACUUCAAGCACAGCAAUUCUUCUAGUUUUGUCAGGCAGCUCAAUAUCUAUGGAUUUAGAAAAAUUGAUACAGAUCAUUGGGAAUUUGCAAAUGAUGGAUUUAUCAGAGGGCAGAAAAAUUUGUUAAAGAAUAUCUGCAGGAGGAAAAAUUCUCAGGGCACAGACAUUCGAAAAUCAGUGCAGCAGCAGGACAACUCCGUUGAACAUCACGAAAGUGUUGAAAACGCAGAUCUCUGGAAGGAAGUUGAGAACCUGAAGACGGGUAAAAGUGCACUUACACAGGAGUUGGUUAAGCUCAGGCAGCACCAGGAAACUGCAGACAAUAAGUUGCUCCUGUUGAGGGAUCGCCUUCAAGGAAUGGAAAAAAAUCAGCAGCAGAUGCUGUCUUUCUUAGUGAUGGCAAUGCAAAGCCCAGGGUUUCUAGCUCAGCUACUACAUAAAAAGGAAAAUAAUUGGUGGAUGGCUGAGCCAAGAAGCAUAGUGGAACAGGGUGCAGAUGAUGCUGAUCCAUUGGCUUCUGAGGGGAUGAUAGUAAGGUACCAGCCACCAGUGGACGAGAUGUUUGAGCCUGAACUUGCACCGGCAAUUGGUCUGGAAAAUCCACAAGAAUCUAAUCUAUCUUCUGAUGGGUUGAAAGAUUUUUUUGUGAGUCCAGAUUUUAUGGAACUGCUUAUGGAUGAUAAUUUGGGUUUUGAAAAUCAUGCCCCAUUUGCUCUACCAGAAUUAGCGGAUGAUGGUGCUUGGGAAAAGCUGCUUUUAGCUAAUCCUUUUGUUGAGAAUAUUAAAGAUACCAAACCAGAUUCUGAAGAACCCACUGAUGCUGAAACUGAUACAGGAACAGCAGUUCUUGGAACACAGCUGGACAGAUCUCAAAAUCUUGAAUGUUCAAUAGAACAGAUGGAGAAGUCCCAUAACUUGGAGAACAAAGCAACUGAUGAAGGACCUCACUUUGAGAACCCUCAGAACUUGGAGAUUCUAACUAAGCAGAUGGGUCUUUUGGCAUCUGAGACAAACCACUAA